CACCCCUCUUUCUAGAAUUGGAACGUGUGCGUACCUAGACUCUAAUCAGGUAUAGGUAUUGAGAUAUGAAGUGCCUGGAACAGCUCACCAGUGUCCUCACCAAUGACUACUUCACAUUAUUCAAGUUUGUUGUACCUCUGGCCCUCACUGAUGUCAUUGCUGAUGUAGGAGAGCAGUUCUUGAACAGGAGUGUGGCUAGCUCUUUGAAUGUCGUGGACACUCUGGCUGCAUUCGGUUUAGCCUAUGUCUUUGUCAAGCUCUUUGUUGGGAUGCUACAAGAGGUCAAACAAGUGGGUGUGGUCUUGGUACACGACCGGCCAGGAUUCCACAAGCUACUGCUCUGUGUGGUUGUCAUGGGAAUAGGUGUCACCAUAAUCAUCGUUGUGAUUGCCAAAACUCAGCUAGGGGUGUGGCUAAUCAAGGACCUACACCGAGUGUCGGACAACGUAGCAGAGCUAACGUACACUGCAUUUGCCUAUCUCUCUGUCUUCCCUCUCAUUGAUUCCAUUUCAUGGUAUCAUGGUGGAGUGUUGCUGCAGUACAGACACAGCUCUCUAGUUGGGUUUGCUUCACUCGCUGAGAUAAUGGCUCAGAUAUUCUGUGUAGCAGUGCUACUGUACACACCGCUAGUAUGCAGUGCUCCCAUUGUCGUUCCCAUACUCUCCGCCUACUGUGGGGUCAUCACCCGUUGUGUCAUCACUCUAGGCGGGUUCUAUAGACUGGUGUACCCAAAGCUCAGCAAGAAAAUUAUUGAAAGGGUGACUUUACUGAGACUGGUCUUUUUCAUAUCUCCUCUGGUGUUUGUACUGGGUAUUCAGAGGAUGAGUCGACCCAUGAUCAACCUCCUUGUGGCACGCUACUCCCCCAACGAGUGCCAGGCUGCCACAGCUGUCGCUGUUCUCACAGCAACGUACCCUUUGGGCAGAAUGGCUUACGGAUGGCUCAAUCAGCUCAGAACUGUCUCGCCAACUUUUCAAAAGAAGCGAGAAGACAAUUCUCGUCGUGUAAUCGCUGGAAAAAAAGUUGCGAUCUUCAUCAUCGCAACUUUGGCAUUCUCUUUCCUGUUCUCUCUGUGUGUGUACUGGGUGCCUGGUGUGUCAGUGAGCAUCUUGGUGUCAGCAGUGGGCAUCCCUCCAUACCUUGCCCUCCUCUGUGUUGACCCUCUCAGAGUGUUUUCCUUCUUCUGUUUCACUGUAAGUGUGAGAGCGUCUCUGACUGGAUGGCUGACUCUACACAAACAGACCAAGCUAGUCGCUCCCAGUGGGUUUAUUCGACUGGGCAUCAUCUUUGCUGUCUUCUUCACUCUCAGGGCUCUCGGAAUGAAUGGAGCGUUGCUAGGAGUGUUAGCUCUCUAUUCUGGGUUUUUUUCUGAAAUGGUUGUGCUGGGCAUCAUCACCCCCAUCUACGCUUGCUGGAGGAAAUGGAGGACUAACUCCAGUGCAACAAUACAAAAUGAGGUUGAUAUUAACUCCCUCGUCACAGAGGAGAAUGAGAGCAAUCAAGAAAAAGCCGUGGAGCUCUCUCCCAUUGGCGGACUGGUUAACAUUGAGUUAACUAAUGAUUCCACUGAGUAUAAAACAAUUCAAAACUCUGAAACCACUUCAUUGUAGGCUGUGCAUGUAUUUUCCUGUUUUGUGAGGUGUUAUAAUUAUUAUACUGUCUUUCAGCUUACAAUCAAAUCAUUAUAUAUAUGUAUUCGAAUUCGUGUCAACUAUGGGAAUCGAAUGUUUUCCUUAUAAUUUGAGUUCUCAUGAUUA